AUGGCAAGCUAUGCGGUUGUCCUCCUUGAGAUUUUUCCAGCUUUCAAGGGCGGCAGUAUUUCUCUGUGGAUGGCCAAGAACUGUUCGGAGGCAAAUUGGUCUCGUUUCUCACCUAAUGGUUUCAAAGCUGUUCUAACUGGAGCUACUGUUGUCUUCUUUUCUUAUGUUGGAUUUGACGCUGUUGCUAAUUCUGCUGAAGAAUCCAACAACCCUCAGGUCUGCCCAUUAUUAUAUAUUGGCGUCUGUUUAGUGCUCACUGUGAUGGUCCCUUUUAGUCUCCUCAGAGACGAUGCUCCUAAUUUAGCCGAAGCCUUUUCUUCAAAGGGUAUGAAGUUCGUCUCAAUCUUAAUCAGUAUUGGUGCCGUUGCUGGACUUACAACUACCCUGCUUGUUGGUCUUUAUGUUCAGUCACUUGUUCUCAUGCAAAACAAAGUUAUAUAUGGGACUAGGAAGGGAUGGUCUAUUGCCCUCAUUCUUUUCCAGAGUACACCCAACUCUUCAUACACCUCUUCAUUCUCAAAUACGACUGGGUAUUCAGUCGUCGCAGCUUGUGUUGUAGCUUUGAGAUUGAACGAUAAGAAAGAAAGGGAGUCGUCCAAUGGAUGGAUAUCAAGUUGGCAUGAAGGCGCCAUUUGCCUUGUUAUAAUUGCAUGCGGUGUGGCAGUUAGUGCUUUAGCAGUUUUCCAUUAUCGCCGAGCUUAUGCUCAGUCUCUUGGUUUGGGGUUUUGCUGUCCUGGUUUUCCCAUUGUGCCAUGCGUUUGCAUUUUCUUCAACAUCUUCUUAUUUUCUCAGUUGCAUUAUGAAGCAUGGAUAAGAUUUGUUGUUGUGAGUGUGCUUGCAACUGCCGUUUAUGCCUUGUAUGGACAGUACCAUGCAGAUGCAUGCACCUCGAUUUAUCAGAAGGCACCUGAAAGUGAAAGUGACUCUGGGUAA